AUGCUCUUGCUGAAGAACCCCGAAAAGGCAACCUCUCUCCCAAUGACCGGGAUCGGCCUCGUGCUGUUAAACCAUCUUGUCUCAGCUGCCGCUAUCACGACAGGCGCCCUCGGCAGAGUCAGCAUACACUCUGAACGUCCCUACACGACGGCGAGAGCCUGUGCUGCUGGCUGCCUCAUAUAUAACGGCAACUACCAUUGUGGUGUCGGCGGAUACCACGAUCUCGGCAUCGCGAUGCAAUGCGGCUGCGAGCCGAUGAACGGAUGCUACUGCAACACGGGUUUGUGGAGCUACGCCACAUCCUACAUAUCUUCUUGUGUCAGUAGUGGAUGCAGCCAGAGCGAUAACUGGUCGGCAGACCUAACCAGCAUGGUCAACUUCUACGACUCAUACUGCGCGACUGCGAACGGAGCGAUUUUCAACGCACCCAACGACCCAGGCACACCGGUAACCCAGACGAGCGAAGGUGUUCCCUUCAUACCCACGAGAGAUGCGACGGUUUCGAGUGAAAGUCGGGCGACGCAGACCUCUGGAUCUGUCUCGAGUAGCAGCUCUUCCACCGAUGCCCCAAACAACUCGAAGAAGGCCGACGGCGAUGGGUUGACUAAGGGUGAAAUAGCAGGCUUAGUCGUUGGGAUAGCUAGUGCCAUCAUCACUGGCUUUGGGGUUUGCUUUCAGAUCAGAAAGAAACGCAGGAGGGCCGUCGGCAGCAACACUUCACCAACGACCCAGGGCACGGCUCUCAGCACGUUGCAACAUGACGCCGCGCGCACAUGA